GACCAGCGGACCGCGGCGCUUCGUAGGCCGAGUGUUUUUUCCUUUUCAGGUGGCGGCGGCGGCGGCGGCAUAGCACGAGCCGCGAGGGAGGGGCGACCAAGCAAGCGACGGCCAUGGCGUCGUGGCAGUGGCAGGCUCGUGAUUUCCUCUUCUGCGGCGUGUGCGGCACCCUCCUCACCUUCGACUCCGUCCGCUCAGCGUCGUGCCCUCUCUGCGGCUUCAAGCGCAAGGCCAAAGAGAUUGAAGGGAAGGAAACACGGUACAUCGUCACCGCCGAGGAUAUUCGAAGGGAGCUAAAGAUCGAUCCGUUCGAGGAGGUGUUGGUACAAAGACCUGUGAUAACAAAAUCCUGUCCGGAGUGCAACCAUUCAAAAGCUGAAUACUACUCUAGACAGAUGCGUUCAGCAGACGAGGGAGAGACGACAUUCUACGAGUGCACUGAGUGCCGGCACAAAUUCACGGAUUAAAAUAGUUGCAGUAUGUUUGCCCAAGUGUAUUACAUGGAUGUGCACACUCAUGCUUUGUGCCAAACUCCUUUUUGACGGAACCUCUGUACUGAAGAUUAGAUUAUUACUCGUGUAUUUUUUUAUUAUCAAUGUGCACGUACCGUAUUAAGUGCUACUACUUUCCUUCUACUUCCUAAACAACAAUUGAUCUUGAGAUGAAGUACAAAUCGGCAAUGGCUUAUUUUA